AAUAUGUGAUAUUAAAUUAGUUUUAACAAGUUGUUUAAUCUUUACAAUUUUAUGUCACCUAGCUGCUGAUGAAGAAGCUUUUGAAGAUAAUUCUGAAGAAUACAUUAGAAGAGAUUUGGAAGGAUCAGAUAUUGAUACCAGACGCAGAGCAGCCUGUGAUCUAGUAAGAGGAUUGUGCAAGUUUUUUGAAGGACCUGUGACGGGGAUCUUUUCUGGUUAUGUUAAUUCUAUGCUGCAAGAGUAUGCAAAAAAUCCAUCUGUCAAUUGGAAGCAUAAGGAUGCUGCUAUUUACCUUGUAACAUCUUUGGCAUCAAAAGCUCAGACACAAAAGCAUGGGAUAACCCAAGCCAAUGAACUGGUAAAUUUGACAGAAUUCUUUAUGAAUCAUAUUCUGCCAGAUUUAAAGUCUCCUAAUGUAAAUGAAUUUCCAGUGCUUAAAGCUGAUGGCAUCAAAUACAUCAUGAUUUUCAGGAACCAAGUACCUAAAGAACAGCUCUUGGUGUCUAUUCCUCUCCUGAUCAAUCACCUUCAAGCAGAAAGUAUUGUAGUUCAUACAUAUGCAGCCCAUGCUCUUGAAAGAUUAUUUACAAUGAAAGGAGCUAACAAUACCACGCUAAUUACAGCUUCAGAGAUGGUUCCAUAUGUUGAAAUGCUGCUAACAAAUCUUUUCAAAGCUCUGACACUUCCAGGAUCAUCUGAAAAUGAGUACAUUAUGAAAGCUAUCAUGAGGAGUUUUUCUCUUCUUCAGGAAGCCAUAAUUCCAUAUAUCCCUUCUCUAAUCACUCAACUCACAGAGAAACUGCUUGCUGUUAGUAAGAAUCCAAGCAAGCCUCACUUUAACCAUUAUAUGUUUGAAUCAAUCUGCUUGUCAAUACGGAUAACUUGCAGAGCAAACCCUACAGCUGUUGGAAGCUUUGAAGAUGCUCUGUUUAUGGUAUUUACUGAGAUUCUGCAGAAUGACGUGCAAGAAUUCAUUCCAUACGUAUUUCAAGUGAUGUCUCUACUGCUAGAGAUGCAUAAAAAUGAUAUCCCAUCAUCCUAUAUGGCCUUAUUUCCACAUCUGCUUCAGCCGGUCUUGUGGGAAAGGUCAGGAAACAUUCCCCCUCUGGUGAGACUUCUUCAGGCCUAUUUGGAGAGAGGUGCCAAUACAAUAGCAAGUGCUGCAGCUGACAAAAUUCCUGGACUACUAGGAGUGUUCCAGAAACUUAUUGCUUCUAAGCUUAAUGACCAUCAGGGGUUCUACCUUCUCAAUAGCAUUAUAGAACAUAUGCCCCCUGAAUCCAUUGAUCAAUACAGGAAGCAAAUUUUCAUUCUACUUUUCCAAAGACUUCAAAAUUCCAAAACAACAAAAUUUAUCAAAAGUUUCUUAGUCUUUAUCAAUUUGUACUGCGUAAAAUAUGGAGCAAUAGCACUUCAAGAAAUAUUUGACAGUAUACAACCAAAGAUGUUUGGAAUGGUUUUGGAGAAAAUCAUAAUACCAGAAAUACAGAAAGUAUCAGGGCAAGUAGAAAAGAAGAUCUGUGCAGUUGGCAUCACAAAAAUACUUACAGAAUGUCCUCCAAUGAUGGACACAGAGUACACAAAGUUAUGGACACCCCUCCUUCAGGCCCUUAUUGGUCUUUUUGAACUGCCUGAAGAUGACACCCUUCCUGAUGAGGAGCACUUCAUUGAUAUAGAAGAUACUCCAGGAUACCAGACUGCAUUUUCUCAGCUUGCCUUUGCUGGGAAAAAAGAACAUGAUCCAGUUGGCCAAAUUGUGAAUAAUCCCAAAAUCCAUCUUGCACAAUCUCUUCAUAAAUUAUCUACUGCAUGUCCAGGCAGAGUUCCCUCAAUGCUGAGUACCAGCCUGAAUGCCGAAGCUUUGCAGUUCCUUCAAGGAUACUUACAAGCUGCAAGUGUAACAUUGCUCUGACAUUUUUAUUCUGAGUGGCAGAAUUUCACAGUUAUGUCAAAGAACACUGAUAUUGACUGUCUUCUAAACAAAGCUUGGACAGGAUGAAACGAGUUGCUAUUUCAGAAAUACAUCACAGAAUUAUUGCUUGAUGCAGAGGCUGAAUGAUAUUUUGUUCAUGUGAUCAUAAGUAAAGAAAGAAGUGACUUUCCUUUUCCCAGUUUGCUUUCAAAGGGAAUAGUGGUAGAAGUUUAUCAUUUGGGAUUGAUUGGAAUUUCACAUAUGCCAUGAUUGGGUAAUAUUUUAAAAUAUAUUGAAUACUGGCUGCACACUCAUGUUGUCACAAGAUUUUUUUCCUGUUUAUUGUCAUUUGUUGUUUUUUUUGUGUCUUCUAAAAUUUAUCUGAAUUGUGAAUAAAUAAGUUCUUGUUUAAAAAGUAUUUGUCUAGUAGUGUAUGUGUUACUAUGGCACAGAGUUGUUAGUACCAUGCCAUACCCACACUUCAACAUGAUUUACCUAAUGCGGUUCACAAUGAAAGUUAACACGUUUUGAAGAGGCUUUUUCAUAGAAUUCUAGCUGCCUUUAUUAAGGAAGACCAUACUUCAGUACCUUUAUCUUUGAGAAAUGUAUUGCUGUAAAAUAUCAUUGAAAAUUAAUUCUUUACUUCAUUAAUCCAUGCAGAUGUUUCCUUUUAAGCAACUUCAUUUAGCUUUCCUGUGAUUCUUCAGCUUAAUGUUUGAAUGCUAAAUCUCAGUUUAGGUAGUAUCAAGUACCUUUGGAAGAACAUUUAUCUUUCUAAAUUAUGCCUAGAUAUGUGCAAACAUAGUGUAAAUAAGGUUUGUGGUGAGAAUGCCACAUUAACUUAAAAUGGUUGGGAUUUGAUACACUAAGAAAUAUUUUAAACUUUAAAAUAUGGAAAGCAUUGCCUAUCUCCCAUGCUGCUCAUAUAGCAAAGACUAACAAGCAUGUUACUACUUGGGUGUAAAAUGUGCUAAAAGUCUUGAGUUUCAGAAUUGUAUGCAGCUUUAGACAAUAUAUAGUGCAAUUUAAAGGUUGGACGCUAGAUCAGUGAAAAGGUUGAAGGUACAUAAUGUUGAUUUGUUUCUGUGGUUAAGCAGAUUUAGUCAAACAUGGGAUUAUCAAAGUAUUUUAGGACAAAUUCUUUUCUUUAAAUACAUUCUUCAGUGUAGAUUUGUUAGUUGUUUUCCCCGAUGUUCAGUUACUACAGUUGGAGAACAUGCAAUGAUAACCAUCCCCAGCAAAUUGAGAUUAUAUCAUAAUGACGACCUGCACACAGUGAUGUCAUGGCACAAACUCCAUCCUUACAGAGGUGCAUCCCAGCGUCUAUACAUUGGAAUGUGCAUUGUGGAGGAACAGUCUGUGGGUAAACUUGAAGAGCCCUUUCCAGUGAUGAUGCUUCUCAAGAACCAGGAUAAGGAUUGGUCUUCCUCUCCCUGCAUCGCACUGUGCAUUCUCUGAACAUACCACGCAGAUUUGCAGGACAGGCACUGAGAACUUGGAGG